AUGAAAGUUGAUCGGGAUAUUCAUAUUAUUGGUAAGCUGGUAGCGAACUUCUUUUUAAAGAUUGUUUAAAUUAGCGACUCUGAUGAAGAGUAGUCACCAUCAUUUUAAAAGUAAAGAACUAAUAGUUCCUUUUGGAAGGUGAAGUGCUGCGAGCAGAUCGUUUAGUUAUCAUAUUUCGCGAAAGGACGCUGAAGAGAAAGCACGUGCUUGAGCCAACGUUGUAAUGGUAAGCUGUGUUGCUGAUCCACACAAAAUCGAGGCAAAGUGUGCCACUAACAAACCUCAGGGAUCAAACUGGUAUCUUAGUGAAAUAGGUCUGCUGCGAGCGUAGCGGGCAGUAACAAAUGUUAACUGUUAGGAUUGAAAGACUAAUUUUUGACCUCUUAAGGGAUAUUGGGCUCAUACCUUUUGGAGGAAGCUCCAAACUUGUUAUUUCGGCUGAAAUUAUCAAAAAACUACAUCUAUUUACUCUUUUUUCCCAGAUGAAAUACAAAUCUUAAUCAAGAUGAUGGAUGAUACAUUGGCCACCAUAGCAGUGAACCCGAGCGACUCUAUCAGUAAUGUUAAGAAGAAGAUUCACCGAUUAUGCAAAUAUCCAUCAGAUCGGCUACGUCUGGUAUUUGCUGGCAAGAAGCUAGAAGACGACCUUACUCUGAAUCAUUACAAUGUCCAGAAUGAAUCAACUCUGCACUUGGUUCAGAGACUUCGAGGUGUUGCACGGAAUCUUCGCAGAGACGCCAACGGGAAUGAUGCAGAGAGGUAG